GGUAUAAGCGGCUUUAGCAUAUAUGUGUGUAUGUGUCUGUUACAGCAAGCUAUUGCUUCUUUUUUGCACAAAAAUAAAGAAAAAAAAUUAAGUUUUAAAAUAACGGAAAAUCAUCAAUAUAAAAUCAUCGACAUCAAAUUUAUGGCGUUGAAAAUUUUGUAAAAAAAUGCAAAUAUAAUCCAGUUUGUAUCGUUCUUACUAGUUUUUGGAGCGAAACCAAUACAUACACACAGUUUGUCUAAAUGGUAGACAGUGUAUCGUCAAAACCAUCGAAAACCUCACGCGGUUCAGUGUUGUAUUAACUGGAAAAACGAUAGUUUUGAUUUGCACACAAAGAAGAUCAUUUUUUUAAAAGAAAGAAAAGAAAACAUUAAAUACUAAGGACGUGUAUUAAAUAAAAAUUAUGAAAUAUACAAUCGAGCAUUUGAGUUACAUUGUACCUGCGAUUUCAAUAGGAUUUCUCUUUAUUAUAACCUCAAUAAAUAUUUAUUUCAAAAUCAGGCGUCGAUUUCCAGUGACUGUAAAUUGUUGGUUUUGCAAUGAGGAUAGCCGAGUACCGUAUGAUGAUUUAAACAAAUUUACGUGUCCAAAAUGUGAGCAAUACAAUGGCUUUGCUGAGGAUGGAGAUUAUAACUGUGAUAUUCCGGCACAAAGAAGUGCAAAACUCAACAAAUGGAAAACAUCAAGUUUUUCAUCGAUAAAUGGUGGUUCAAUAAUAAACGGUCGAUUAAUGCCAUACAAUGGACUGUGCGAACCAUGUAAUCGAAAUCAAGAGCUCAAAGUACAACAAUUGGCAUCAUUUGAGCCAGAAAAUGAAGCCUACUUUGAUGAAGAAGUUGAAGAUUAUCGGCAUAAAUUGGAACAAGCAUAUCGUUUGUGUCCACGUUGUGAGCGUCACUUGAAACGUACCCUCAACAAAGUGAAAACGAAUAUUUUGGGAUCAAAACUGAAGCAAAUCGGAGCCAAAGGAUUACAAGCAUUCAACUUGACUCUAAAUCAAAAAUCCAAUAAAGCUGUUGUGUAUAAGAAGCGACUUACAUUUGCGCGCAUCUCAUUAGCUGCAUUAGUUGUCAUUUCGUUGUUGCAAUCAUUUACCGUCUCUAAUCGAAUGAAUAUCACAAAACCAAAGCUUGAUUCAAUUUUUAACGAUAAUACCACGACAUUUAUUCUAACCAUUUUAUCGUAUAUUUCGGCAAUGAAAAUUUUAGUUUUACAAUUUAUUCAAUAUAUACUUGAGUUGCCAUAUAUAUCAUUUAUUGGUACGUGCGCACAAAUGUCGAUAAAAUAUGUGUAUACAUAUGUGAGCGGUGAUUUUUGGAAAGUGAUUACCACGGAAAUUUUCGAAUUGGUUGAAAUCAAUGUGAAUGAUGCGACCGAUUUGAAUCCGGGUUAUUCAACAGUCACAACAAAUGUUUCGGGAUGCUUUCUCUCGGUAUUUUUGCUAUUCAUGUUCGGACUAUGUUGGGGACCAGUCAUAUCACUUUUAUUGUGGAGUUUGGGCAUGAUUUUACCGACCCUUAUUCAGGAAACAAACAAUUUGGAACACACUCUCGUUUUAGACUUUGUUCAGCUACUUUUGGUAUGGUCAACAGCAUCGUUAUCAAUCAUCAAUUUCUUCGUAUUGCCCAAUAAACAAAUUGAAACGAUCAGUGACCAUAACUCGAGUUUCCAUCGCAUUGAUUCCGACAUGAAUUCGGAUUAUUCAGAUGAAAGUGAGACAGAAAGCUUGUUAAAUACAUCGAUGCGAUCAGAUAUAUCAACGGCAAGUAAACGUUCAAUGUGGAAUGAGACAAGAGUUUUGAAUUCGACCAUUGCAUCCAAAACGCCAUCAAUAUACUCAACAAAUUCAUUGCGUCGCCGAUCGUAUGGUCUUUCAACACAAUCAAUAGCCACUACAAGAACAGCCGCAUCCGAUAUAAAUACAUCGUUUGGAUCAGAACGUGGUUUCUACAGAGGAAGUCAAAUGGAUUUGACACGCGAUAGACUACAUACAUCACAAAGAUCAUUUAUAUCAGCAAAAUCGCCAGUUUUGUGCAAUAGAUCGCAGUGUCCAAGUGCAAUGUCGUUACAAUCAUUGAAUAAAACUUACUUUAAUGCUGUUGAACCGAAUCCCAGAUCAGCGUCACGCAACUCAUUCUAUGAUGUGCCAAAUGAUUUUGAGAGUGGAAUAACCCACUUAAGUAUUAGUGGUGGGAAGCAUUUUAAUUCGCAAAUGCCAUCAAGAACAUCUGGUUCAUGGGAUUUAGUGGGUGAUACAUUACGUAAUAAAAAAGCAAUUCUUUCACCAUCACGUUUGAGUUUGAACGAAACACAUCAUUCAGUGAAUCAAUCAUGGUUAGCUGGCGGUUAUUGGAAUAGUACAUCACCUCAGAAAAAAUCAACGCAUCCCACGAAUGAAUACAAAGUCGAACAACGACCUGCUGCAAAAGAAAUUUUUCCGAUGAUGUCAAGAGCAUCAUCGAAAAGCUCUGGCUUUGAAUCACGUGAAAAUUCAUUAUGCGACGAUUCAGAGGUUGAACGAACAUUUAUUGUUGCGGAGCCAACAUCAAUGACACAUACGACCAAACUAAAUAACGGUCUUAUCAAACCACAACCACAAAAACCAGACAGUUAUCAACAGCCGGUUGCAUUUCCACCAUCAUCCACAUCAUCAGAUGUAUUUGCAAAUCCGAACAACAAAAAAUCACCAAAUUUUAAAAUACUUUCACGUUCAUUUAGCCAAUUUUCAUUGCAACAACCACAGACACCAUCACAUUUUCAAGAUGAUAACAGUAUGCUGAGUUCGAGCCAAUCAUUUUCAUCAAAUUUAAAUCAAUUCAAUACAGCAAAUAAAGACUUGCCAAUUACAAAGUAUCAACGAGGUAGCUUAAUAAAAUUGCACGAUCACGCAAUGGAUCAUUAAUAUUAAAAUCGAAUUUGUUCGAUUUUUGAUCGUGAUUUUUACAAUAUGUACGAGUGUUCAUGUAAUAUUCACUGCCGAAAAAAAUUAAAAAAAAAAUUAAUACUGUUUGUAUACUAAGUUAUUUACAUGUAAAUUCUAACAUUUCAAUUGUAGCAGCGGAUUAUUUCUCAUUUU